CGGGGAGUGUUUAACCAUAACAACAAAACAAGGGAAGGUGGCCGUGUAGGCGAAAUUAAUCUAUAAUCCCUGUCUUGACCUCACCAUACUUGCCUCUAUAAUAGACUGACCAUAAGUUGACCCUUCGUGGUUACAUGUUUAGGUUUACUGCUAUUAUAGUUUACUGAAACAGAAACUCCAACAUUCAAAAUGUUUUUGUAAUUGAAAUGGCUAAAUCUUUGAUUACACUUCGGAGGUGAAAACAAACUACUUUGCACCCAUCCCCCUUAAUUGUACAACAGUGUUGUUUUACGUCAUUUUCUUUCCGUCCUCACAGGGCAUCCACACUUUGAGACUGUCCGCUCCCAAGAUGUCAACAUGCACCACUUGUAGGGAUGUUUAACAACUGAUCGGAUGUCUUGGAUUUCCUGCAAACAUCACCAAGAUAUUUUUUCUCAGUGGACAACAAACAGCAUGAUUUUGAACGGAGAAACAAGCCCGAGUGAAGACAAUCUGGUCACUUUGAUGGAAAGCUCAGAUCAGUGUCUGACUAUGUGAAUUGAAAAGUAUUGAAGUCAAUUCAUCUGUUCCCAGACAUCUGCAGUGUUUUUUUUUUUAAAGGAUGCACUGAACCAUGUAGGGAUUGAAUCAAGAACAAAAAGACUUCACCAACAGGUACCUGCUUAUUGUCCAUGUGAAGAUACCCAGCGGGAGUGUGGAGGAGGAUAGACUCUUAGGUUUGGUAGUUUGCAGAACCAGCCCCUGAAGAUGCUGCAGUCUGGUAACUACUCUCUGGUGCUGCUCAUACAGCUGACACUUUUGGCCUAUGACCUCUUUGUCAACUCCUUCAGUGAACUCCUGAGGGCAGCGCCUGUCAUCCAACUAGUGCUUUUCAUCAUCCAGGACAUUGCCAUCUUGUUCAACGUGAUCAUCAUCCUGCUGAUGAUGUUCAACACCUACGUGUUCCAGGUCGGCCUGGUGUCCCUGCUAGUGGAGAGAUUCAGGGUUCUGCUGAUGUUUUCGGCUCUGUACCUGACCCUCAGCAUCUGCUUCCACAGCUGGGUGUUGAACCUUAGGUGGCUCGACUCAAACCGUUUUAUUUGGACUGACGGUCUUCAAGCUCUUUUUGUUUUCCAGAGAGCAGUGGCUGUUUUGUAUUACUACUUAUACAAACGCACAGCAGAGUAUAUGGGAGACCCACGGCUGUACGAGGACUCUCUGUGGCUGCGAGAGGCCUUCGCAAGAGCUCGACAGUGAAGAUGGGACUUCUUGAGAUCACCAUCAGCUGUAGGACAUUUUGGACUGUUUUUAUAAUUAAGAAAAAAAUGCAUCAUACCCUUGAACAUAUGGCACAAGCAAAGUGCUGACUUAGAAAUCUGAUGGAACUCACUAACAGGUCAAGGGGCUGAGACAAAGUGUCAGCCAUUAUUUUUGUCUACUGCCUCUGGGUAGCCCGGCAGUGAGCCAGUCAAAUGGUUUACAUUGGCAGGUAAGUCUAACGUGACAGUAUUGUAUUAAUCAGGAUUGGCUCUUAUCUCUGUGGCCUUGGUUAAUCCGUUUGUGUUGCAGACAUAAUGAAACAGUGUUGAAGAUGCAGUUAGUUUGAUUGUGACUGUUAUGCUGUACCUUUUGUAAAAAAAAAAAAAAAAAAAGUAUUGUUAUAGUUCUUUUUUAAUGAAAGUGUGUUGUUCUCAACUAGGGAGGAAACCUGUUGGGUUGUUUUGCCUUGUAAGGUUAGUUUGAGCUGUUUACAUGGUUAACAUACUUUUAAUAAGCCAAUUUUCACAUGUACCCAGUUGUCUUUGAGCAGGGAUCUUUGAAUGGUCUUCCUGUUGUUUUUAUUAAAUAAUCCAUGUCUAA